GCAGUAUUGUUAGCCUGCCAGACCAAUAACACGCGCUGAUGGACAAACAGUAUUGCCUUUUCACUCCAUGGCACAAUAACAAAGAGAUAAAAUUUUUACAAAAUUAGCACAAAAAUUGACAUUUGGGAAGACAAUGUUGGYCUCUUGAAAAAGAGACACGUCUGAAAUUCUUUGAUUUUUUUUUCACUUWUUAAUUCUGUCCUAAAAAAACAGUUCCAUKCGCAAUUUCAACACAAUUUCAAAUUGAAAAGCCCUGCAAGAUGGCUGGACUUUUGUUCGGUAAAUUUAUAAGUACAAGUUAUAUGCUAAUGUGAAAUGGUGGGCGUCAUUCGUAAACUUGAUCAACAGAGAUCUUAACAGAGGUAUCUAUUCAGUGAAAAGAGCAGACACUGCCUAGUUCUUGGCAUAUAUCGAUCCAYUGGUAAGCUAUCUACCAUCAGCCAUACUCUGUCCACUGAAGCAGUUUCCUUUGUUCCCUAAGGGAAAAGUGCCAUUUCCUUCUCAUAUUACAAAAUCGACUUUGCUCAAGCAAACGUCCUUUCCUCGCUCAAAAAGACAUUCAGUUUUACACGUCAAUUAAGUAGCCUUAAGAAGCUAAACAUAGAAAGAUCCUGCGCACUGAAGGAAUCAUCGAGAAUCAUUGACAGUCCUAAGGAUUUUCUUACAAGAAAGAUUUGAGCGCUUCAUUUUCAAGUGAGCUAGCAAAAAGUGACACAUCACUUUUCGUCGCUCUUAAGGGAACAGCAAACAAACAAGAACUGGCUUGACAACGUAAAGAAAUAACCUUGAAUAUAUCCUGGAAAAGCGUUAAAAUGACAGAUAAAAUCAUCUAUUUGUGCGGGGAAUUCCCAUCAAAUCGAAUGGAAGAUGUGAACUCCAAGUGCUUGAUUCUCGGCAACCUAGCAUCGCUGUAUUCAGUGAGAAGCCAUCCUGUUGUCGAUACUAUCGAUAGCAAUUUUGAUAAAACUGAACUUUACACCACAAUAACACGAUGCCAUGUUUUUAUUUUCAUAUUUAGUAAGGAAACGGUGAACGACACGUUUUACCUUAACCAGUUAGGCAUAGCAAAGGCUUAUGGAGUGCCUGUGAUCGGAGUCCGAGAACCAAGUUAUUUUAUGCCAAAUCCACUGCCGGAACAGUUUUAUUUUACUGAGAUUGUAGAUUAUACUGGUGUUAUCAGAGAUGGACGCAGUGACCGUGGGGUUCAUGGAAGCGCUAAAAAACAACUUUUACUAGCUGACGCUCUGAUUCAUGAUUUUAAGACAGCCAUGGUAUACGCGCCGGAGUUCCACAAGUCCUGUUUUCAACGACUUCUCCACAAAGUGUCUCAAGCUUUUAACAGAAGCGAAAACGAAAAAAAAUUUUAUUCGGGUUUGAAGGAUCAACCGAGAGUUACUCCUUUUAAAGAGCUGUUGAAUGCAACGAAAGAUCAAGCAGCACUGAAAAAUAAGAUCCCAAAAUGUCCGAAAUGCGGUUUUAUUCUCAAUAAACAUCUCUCCAAAACACCAACAUUACAGCGGGCGUCGAGUACAGGGUCAUUGUUAAGGAAGGGAGAUGCUUUUGAAGGGGAGUCACUACAGCAACAAAAACAAUUAUUUCAGAGCAAAAAGGCGACCUUGCAACCAACUACUAUUGUGAUCCCAGCGCCACCGUACUCCGCGAAAACUCAAAUCCUCCGAUCUUCGACUCAGAACAACCCAAUAAUUCGUCCUCAGCCUUAUAAAGUAAACGAACCUUUCAUAGGAAAACUACAAUCAAGACACACUACACUACAAAAAGAAGAUGUUGAUAAGAAAGACAACAAAAAUAUCAUGAAAGGCGAGUCGAAWAAUGACAGCGAAAAGAAAACAGAACAGGACAAUAUAAAAAACAAAUCGCUACGGAAGCAGAGUCGCGUCGGGAAUGGAAACUGGACCGAUAAGCUCAGAAUCAAAUUGCGAAGACAGUCCAGCCUGCCUGUAAUUCCUACAACCUAUCUUGUCACGUCUCCUGCGGCGGGAGAUAAACAAUUAUCAUUUGUCAAAUAUCCCCCUGAGAGCUUUCUGCUUUCCCCGCGCCAGAGUCUUCUACCGAUCUUUUCCGAGGAUGAAGAACAAGAAACUAUCCAUAUUUCUCGUCCCCCUAGUCCAGAUGGUUCGAGUUGGUCGGAAAAAGAAAAAGAAAAGGGAAUCUAAAGAGAUAAACGGGGAUCAAUCAGUGUCGAUCUGAGAGCUCAACCAAGUGGACUGGGCUCUACAAAACAAGACRACGUCAUCAUAAACAGACCUCUUGUAGUUCAGUGGAAUACUGUCGCUCCAUUGAAGGGACAAAACAAUGGAUUAUAUAGCAUCCAAGAGAGAGCGUUUUCGAUCUUUUCAACUUUAGGUAACAUGUAAGGGAGCCAUUAUUCAGUCAAGUUAGUCCCCCUUCAUAUUGGCAUGUGAAUGCUGUACAAAUGGCCUAUGGUCACAAGAGAGGUCCAUCGUCCAUCGUCUUGCCCCCCAGAUCAGUCAAGCCACAGAACUACAAGGGGUCUGCUCAAAGUAGAAUAUGAAACUGGGAUAUUCAGACAAUGGCAUUUUAGACGUUCCAGAACCAAAUACUUAAACUCUUUUGUACAAUUAGUAAAAGGUGUCAGCAUUGUCUGACCAACUAGAACCUCAAAURAAUUCCUUUGCUUUCAUCUAAGGCUCUGGGAAACUCUGUAGAGCUUUGUAAAUAUUGUAGGUGUGUAGCUUGAUCCAGAGCCUCAGAUGGAGAACGAGGAGAGUCUGGAAACAAGAAUGGCAUGUCUCUCUUGGGUACUAUAGACGAUAUGAAAAAUGAUUAUGCAAGUGAUGUCAAAAUGUCGUUUCAUCUGAAUGCAUUUUCAGAACCAACUGUACAUAAAAUGGCCUACCCUCAAUCUUGUCAAAUAAAUUACAGACAUGUACAAUUACAAUCCUGAUGUAAUAUCUAACCCGAC